GGGUGGGGGGGACGCAAGCUCCGCGGCCAAUCAGACCCUAGCAACUGUUGCCAGGCCCCUAAGGCCCUGCCCCCACCCAAAGAGGGGGAGGAGCUCGAAUGGUGUAAAUGGCUUUGGGGUGGGGUGGAGGAGAGAGCAGCUCCUUUGGCUUCUCAGCUGUAGUGAUGCUGUGCCUGCGGCUUCGCUGGAGUCUGGGGGCAGCCGGGUCACGGCGUUGGGCUGGGGUCCCGAGCCCGCGCCGCGUCUCCCCGCCGAUUGGUCCGCACUCCCCUCGCCUCCCCCCCGGGGCGGGCGCCUCCCACCCGCUGCGAGGCGAGGACCUCCGGGAUUCCUAGAGAGGACUCGGAAGUGUUCUCUGGGGUGGGAUGUAAGGUUUAACCCGGUUGGACAGGGAAAGCUUGGACUUGCUUACUUCCGGCGUGGAAGUGUUGGCUUCGGUUUUCUCCCGGUUUUAAGGAGAGCCCCACCUUCCCACUCUUGACUGCGGGGAGCUUGAUCUUUCAUGAAAGCUCCCCGAGACUGGGGCCUUGAUGGGAGAGAUAGGCUUUGUGUCCAGACAGAGGUCUUUUCCCUAACCUUGAGCGGGCCGAUCUUCGAGUCUCCGGGUCAGGGGCGAUUCCAAGGAACCUAGGUCCAAAUCUGUACCGGUAGCGCCGCUUCUCAUCGGGAUCAAUGAAGUCUCCCCUUAGCUUGUCAAGCUCUGGUAGCUUGAAGAGCAGCACCAAUUCUGACGAUUGUAAUGUUUUUCACUCCUAUUCUGAAAAGUUUGGCUUAUGAUUAAAGAGGAGCGGCUGCAUCUGGACUAGUUAGUAAGUCUUGUUCUUUUAUUUAUUUGAAAUGUAAAGUUCACCUCUAAACUGUUUUAGGACAGGCCUGAUGUCAAAUUUUUAUGGCUCUCCUUUAUAUUUCUUUAAGUAUUGGAGAUAUUCUCUGUUAAUCAUUUUAUGGGUGGAGUGACGGCUGCCUUGUAGUCCGUAUUUGUAAGAAAAUUAAUUUGUUGAGUGUCUAUCUCUACUAUGGAUAAUCUCUUUGCUGUCUCUCUUUGCUAAUAAUGAUUCCCAAUACUUCAGUAUCAGGUUUUGCGCUACCGAAAGCAUCCUUCAGAUCUUAAAACAAGAAACAAGUUCGUUCAGUAUAACACAGAUAGCCUCAAGAAACCGCCCUCUGAGUUGAAAUGAUAAUGACAGGAUCCCGGGAAGUUAUAGACUUAGACCCUCCAGCUGAGACGUCACAAGAGCAAGAAGACCUUCUAAUAGUAAAGGUGGAAGAAGAAGACUGCACCUGGAUGCAGCAGUACAAUCCACCCACGUUUGAGACUUUUUACCAACGCUUCAGGCACUUCCAGUACCAUGAAGCAUCAGGACCCCGGGAGGCUCUCAGCCAACUCCGCGUGCUCUGCUGCGAGUGGCUGAGGCCUGAGCUGCACACCAAGGAGCAGAUCCUAGAGCUGCUGGUGCUGGAGCAGUUCCUGACCAUCCUGCCUGAGGAGUUCCAGGCCUGGGUGAGAGAACAUCACCCUGAAAGCGGGGAAGAGGCAGUGGCUGUGGUAGAAAACAUACAGCGAGAACUUGAGGAACGCAGACAACAGAUUGUUGCACGUCCUGAUGUGCUUCCUCAGAAGAUGGUACCACCUGGAGUAGUGCAAGAGUCCUUCAGUCACCAGCUCCUGUCCAUGGACACCCAGCCUGGACAAGAGCCACAGAAGCCUCAUCUCCUGGAGGAAAAUGCCCUUCCUGUUCUCCAAGUUCCUUCCCUUCCCCUGAAGGACAGCCAGGAGCUGACAACUUCACUUCUCUCAGCUGGUUCCCAGUUGGUGAAAAUUGAAGAUGUGGCUGAUGUGGCUGUAUCCUUCAUCCUGGAGGAAUGGGGACAUUUGGACCAGUCCCAGAAGUCCCUUUGUAGGGAUGACAGGAAGGAGAAUUAUAGGAGUAUUAAUUCCAUGGAUUAUGAGUCCAGGGACAACAAUAUGGAGCUCAUAGUAAAGCAGAUUUCUGAUGAAGCUGAAUCACAUUGGAUGGCAUCGGGAAGCACUGAAAGGAAUGUUCCCCAAAGUCAAGAGUUUGCAGAAGUUAGUGACCUUAAGAGCAUGGUACAAAGGUGGCAGGUAAACCCCACUGUGGGGAAAUCAAGGCAGGCUCCUUCCCAGAAAAGAGAUCUUGGUGCUAUCACAGACAUUAACCGUAAGCAGAACACAAAUGGUGAGAGAGGUCACAGAUGUAAUGAUUGUGGUAAAUUUUUCCUUCAAGCCUCAAACUUUAUUCAACAUCGGCGCAUCCACACUGGAGAAAAACCAUUUAAGUGUGGUGAAUGUGGGAAAAGUUAUAAUCAACGUGUGCACCUCACUCAACAUCAGAGAGUCCACACUGGUGAGAAACCCUAUAAGUGUCAGGUGUGUGGAAAAGCUUUCCGGGUGAGCUCCCACCUGGUUCAGCACCACAGUGUCCACAGUGGAGAGAGGCCCUACGGAUGUAAUGAGUGUGGGAAGAACUUUGGUCGGCAUUCACACCUGAUUGAACACCUGAAACGCCACGUCAGAGAGAAAUCCCAAAGAUGCAGUGACAAAAGAAGUAAGAAUACCAAAUUGAGUGUUAAGAAGAAAAUUUCAGAAUUUUCAGAAGCAGACAUGGAACUAUCUGGAAAAAUCCAAAGAAAUACUUCUCAAGUUCAAAAUUUUGGAGAAGGCUGUGAAUACCAAGGCAAGGUGGAUAGAACUCAAAUACUAGGACAACCUUCUUCAAAAAGGAUGAAUUGCAGUGAAGUCACAUAUGUCCACAAAAAGUCCUCCACAGGAGAGAGACCACACAAAUGUAAUGAAUGUGGGAAAAGCUUUAUUCAGAGUGCACAUCUUAUUCAACAUCAAAGAAUUCACACUGGGGAGAAACCAUUUAGAUGUGAUGAAUGUGGUAAAAGCUACAAUCAACGUGUGCACCUAACUCAACAUCAGCGAGUCCACACUGGUGAAAAGCCCUACACCUGUCAUUUAUGUGGGAAAGCAUUCAGAGUGAGGUCCCAUCUUGUUCAGCAUCAGAGUGUGCACAGUGGGGAGAGACCCUUUAAGUGUAACGAAUGUGGGAAAGGCUUUGGGAGGCGUUCACACCUUGCUGGACAUCUUCGUCUACACUCCAGGGAGAAAUCCCAUCAAUGUCAUGAAUGUGGAGAAAUCUUUUUUCAAUACGUCAGUCUAAUUGAACAUCAAGUGCUCCAUAUGGGUCAGAAAAAUGAAAAAAAUGGCAUUUGUGAGGAAGCAUAUAGUUGGAACUUGACAGUGAUUGAAGAUAAGAAGAUUGAGAUACAAGAGCAGCCUUAUAAAUGUGAUAUAUGUGGAAAAACCUUCAGUUACAGCUCAGACUUUAUUCAGCAUUAUAGAACUCAUACUGCAAAGAAAACCUAUAAAUGUGAUAUAUGUAGAGAAAAUGUCGGCCAGUGUUCCCACAUUAAACAACAUCAGAAAAUCUAUUCUAGUACAAAAGCCCAUCAGUGUAAUGAAUGUGGAAGAGGCUUCACUCUGAAGUCACACCUUAAUCAACAUCAGAGAAUCCACACUGGUGAGAAACCUUUUCAAUGUAAAGAAUGUGGAAUGAGCUUCAGUUGGAGUUGUAGCCUCUUUAAACAUCUGAGAAGCCAUGGGAGGACAGAUUCCAUAAAUACCUUAAGUGUAUAAGUGUAUCUGUUGUUGAACAUGUCUUAAUCAAUUUUAGAGAAGUCUUCUUGAAGAGAAACCUUACUCCCAUAAUAAGUGUAAUAACAAGUUCAAGCAUUUUUUCAGCUUAAGCAUCAAACCUACAGAUAGAUUGAAAUCCUUCAGUUAGAACUCAGCCUUUAGGCACAUUGGAGUAUCCACAGUACAUAGAUACGUGUUUGAUUUCCCUAUUGAGAAAUGGUUCAGUUAGCAUCUUCAUGCUUAAGAGUCUAGACAAAAGUCUAGACAUGGUGGAUAACACUCAGAAAAUUGACACUGGGAAAAGCCUCAUGAAUGCAGUAGAAAUAAGCUUUAUUUGUAGCUUCUGCCUUGACAGCCUAUCUAUUCAGGGAAGAGCACAGUGAAAGAAUUCUUCAGCAUGGUAUCUGUUUUGGUACAUCAGCAAUGCCCCUUUUCUAGAAAUGGUUAUCCUAACCACUAGAACACUCCAGUCAUCAUUCCCAUCUUGAGUAUUAACCCUAUUAUAAGGAAAUUGACUUAAGGUAUCUAUAUUUUGUAAGAUUGGGGUUUAGAGGGAGGAAAGUAUGUGUUCCUGCUGCCUUAUUCAAUCUACAACUUCUCCAUGAGACACUGACCUUGUUUCUGUUUUGAUUCUACUAGCAUCAAGGUUAGCUAAGAGAAGGAAGAGUUGAAUUGGUAAAUUUAGGAGAGAUUCUGAUGGUCAGUCUCAUCUCAAGGUGAAGGGAGAGGACCUUAGGGGCAUAGGGAAGACAGGCAAAACUGUGGUUUGUCUUAACAGCUGCAAGAGUGAGGGCAGCUAAAUUCACAGGCAGAAUUAGACUAAGGUGAAUGAAGAUCUUGGUCUACCCCUAUGCCUGUUGAUUCCUAGGUGGCCUGGGGAUAGACCUCCCCUGUAGGGUGAGAGUCCAUGGAAUGAGUUUUAGUUUGCUUUGUAGCUGUAAGGGAAAAUCAGCAAAAUGAGUAACAGGCUGGUAUGUUGUCCAGUUAUCCCUGCUUCAUGGAAGGUCUGGGCGAGAGUUCUGAGGGGAAAGAAGAUGUGGAUAAGAGUUCACUUGAGCCUUUUUUGCUAGAGAGAGGGAACUGGGGCACUUUGAGGCCCUGCUUCUUCUGACUUGCUUGGCUUACAAUAAACGCCCAAUAAAUACUU